GCCGACACACAGUUACCAACCCGCAUUCACCUGUGCAACACCUCGGCGCGCGCACGCACACACGCACGCACACCUGGUUGUUAUUAUUGUGGUUCUGAUUACAGACAACCACCACCACCACCUACCACCUACCACCACUACAAGAAGAGAUAGUGGUAGAUAAGUGUAGUAGUGAGUUCUGUGGGUGCUACUACCACUACUACUACUACUACUACUACUACUACUACUACUACUACUACUACUGCUACCAUUACUACUGUUAUCAUGCAUCCAGCUACCGUUCUACUGGUUGCCAUGGUGACCUCUCAAGCUUCCUCACAUGGUAUGGCGAUUUGGGAGAUGAUGCCUCGACAGGAGAAGACGGGUCAAAUUAUGUACGUGUUGAUGCAUCUUGUCGACCAAACCUGCGCCUACUCUUACAUACCAGACUGCCACCAUGUCCUCGCACUACACGGCCUCAGCAACCUUCUCAACGUGGACGGACACACGCUGAACCACCUCGACCCCCAAGUGCCGGGCGCCAGGAGACUCAUCUGGGAACAGCUGAUGCGCGGAUCGUAUGACCUGCCCCCCGCCUACCUGCCCGGCUAUUACCUCGGAGUUGAAGCAAACGAAAUCACCAACGAGAUCGACAAUGGCUUCCCCUCCCCAUCUCAUCCUCCCCAGCAUCCCCAGUACCACCCCAGCUCCCCCACCUUCCUCUACCCUUACGCCCCAAUCCCCAGCUCCCACAACAAACCCCAAGUGGCCGUUAGCAAUCCCCAUCCAUAUGCUAUCAAGGUCGCCCCCCCACCUGGCUUCAAUACCCCCAAUCCCCAACCAUCCCCAAGCUACGAGAGUGAUGGGGAGGAAUUGGGGAGUGACCAGAGGCAUGGGGACCGUUUUGCUACGUGGUUUGAUACUGAGAACGGAAACAACGGUGACCAACAGACAACAGAUGACCGUUUUGUGAUCUGGUUGGGUGAAGAAGAGGAAGCAGUAACAGGAAGUAAACAGGGACAGCAACAGGAGGAUGAGGACCGCUUCUCGACCUGGUUUGAUGAAGAAGCAACAGAUAACGGAGAGCAACAGACAACGCAGGACCGUUUUUCGACUUGGUAUAACGGAGAAGCAACAGGAAACGAACAGGGAACAGAUGACGAGCGUUUUGCCACCUGGUUCAACGAAGACGCAACAGGCAAUGCAGAACAGGCAACAGGAGGAGAAGAAAGAGAAGCCAACAGACCCCAACAACAGACAACACAGGACCGCUUCGCUACCUGGUUUGAUGAAGAGGCAACAGGAAACGGAGGAGUGGCAACAGACGGCCGUUUCCCCACCUGGUACAACGAAGAUACAACAGCUAACAGAUUCCCACAACAGACAGCAGAAGAAGACCUUAGUACCAGCAACAGUGACAGUGAAAGCGAAUCCUUGGAAGAUGAUACCAGAUUCACAGACACAGCAACCAACCCGCAACAGACAACAGGAACAACGGACAACCAACAGACAGAGGUGGUUGAUAGAUUCGCUUCCUGGGUGGACAGCGGCGCAGGGAUGGAAGAUUACGAUGAUGACAUGAUGACGGCGAUGAUGCAAGACCCAGCAGGGAUAAGACCAAGUGGAGAUUACGAACCUGUGAUGGUGGAGAGCCGGGUUGUUGUGAGCCAAGUACAGCCCCCCGUGAACCGAGUACCGCCGCCUGCCUCCUCUUCUUCCUCCUCCUCCUCUUCUUCCUCUUCCUCAUCGUUCGUGGAAGAAGAGGGGAGGAGUGCAAGUUCCCGCCCCUCCACCUCCUCCUCCUCUCCCCUCCUCCUCUCUCUUCCCCUCCUCCGGCAGUGAGAGAGAGAGAGAGAGAGAGAGAGAGAGAGAGAGAGAGAGACCAAUAUGAUUUAAUACUCAAAUGAAACAAAGGAAGAAGAAGAAGAAGAAAAAGAAGAA